AUGGAGGAUGACAAACGAUAUAAGGACCUCCAGCGCGACAAGACACGGUAUGAAAGUGCUGGGUGGAUUCUCGGCAAUGUCCCCAUCGACGAGGGCCAUGAACGUUGGCUCGCCAAACAAGCCACGGCAUCAAGGCAAGGAGCAUCUAGCGACGCCAAUCAAACAGACAGCACGUACGACCGACCGACUUCUCGCCAGACUGGUCCACCGAGAGGCGAUCGCGCGUUCUCGGACUCACAGUCGUCAUGGACGUCAGAAAAUAGCAUGUCGGCAGUGUCCACGUACAAUGGAUACAAUGGAGAACCCCCCGCGGCUAACGAAUGGCCCAUCUCACUCUGCUUCCACAACGAGGAGCAAUUCGAGGGCAAAGUUUUGCUGGACAGCGGCGCCGAACACAAUUGGAUCUCGAUGGACGUCGUCAAAGAGCGCCACAUCCCCUGGGACGACGACCCUAGCGGAGCAGAGAUAUAUGUGGAUUUCUCGAAUCAACAGCUCCGAUCCCUCGGCGUCGUCAAGGCGACAUGGGUGAUCAACAACAGGUCCGUUCCGGUCAAGUUUAAGAUCGCGCCGAAUCCUCCUUUCCAGGUGUGUUUUGGAUAUCGAUUUUUGCUGGAGAAAGGCGUGCUUCGAUUUUCUCACCACGGGCCAGUCGCUGGCCUGGUGAAAGGGAAACGGAAAGCCAACAAUGGGGAGAAAGCAGCAAUCCAACGAGAGGAAAAUACGACAGACAGUCUGAAUCAGAAGAUCAAAGACUUCCUCGAUUGGAAAAAGAGCAUGGAGCAGCAAGGCUGGAAAUGGGACCAAACCCGCAAGAAAUUCUUCCGAAUGAAGGACCGAAACGUGGAGUGGAAUGAGACUGGAUAUCUGCUGGACCUUCGGGUUGGCGAUCCUGCGCAAAACAGCCCUUGA